AUGUCAUCUGAUACUUUCACGCCCUUUGGGCAUGAGAUGAGAAAGUAUUUUUCUUUCGCACCUGGAUACAGGAACAUGAAUCAUGGUUCAUUCGGUGCAUCACCUCGUGUCAUCCGUGACAAGGCCAAUGCAUUGAAAGACGAAUGUGAAUCAACUCCUUGUCCUUUCAUCAAAUAUCGAUUCCCACAGCUCCUCGACGAAAACCGCGUCGCCAUCAGCAAAUUUCUUUCUGUGCCCGAAUCCACCAUUGUCCUCGUUCCAAAUGCCACAACUGGUGUCAACACCGUCUUACAAAACAUCCGAUGGAAUGAUGAUGGAAAAGAUGAGAUUCUUGAAUUGGAUGUCAUCUAUGGGGCAUGUGAAAAAAUGGCCAACUAUAUCUGCGAAACCCACCCGGGCAAGGUUCGCACGCGGCAAAUUGGGUUCGCAUAUCCUCUCGAGCCCUCUGAAAUGAUUUCGAUAUUCCAGGAAGCAAUUUCAACUUCCAAGAGUGAGGGAUACCGUCCACGUGUUGCUAUCUUUGAUACUAUCUCAUCGAAUCCUGGGCUUCGACUGCCUUUCGAAGCCUUGGCAGCCGCUUGUCGCGCCGAGGGUAUAUUGAGUUUAGUCGAUGCUGCUCAUGGAAUUGGACAAAUUGAUCUGAAGAUUUCAUCAUGGGACCCUGACUUUCUAGUCACCAAUUGCCAUAAGUGGCUCUUCACUCCGCGUGCUUGCGCUGUGUUCUAUGUCCCCGAGCGAAACCAGAGCCUCAUGCGAAGCACAAUGCCGACAAGUCACGGUUUUGUGCCGCAAUCUAUUGGAAAGGCCCAGAAAAACGAGCCAGAAAUCAAAUCGCCAGCAAAGUCGUAUUUCGUCUCUAAUUUCGAAUUCGUGGGUACAGCCGAAAACGCUGCGUUCCUGACAGUUGGAGAUGCCAUUAAAUGGCGUGAGGAGGUAUGUGGCGGGGAAAGCCGGAUACGAGAUUAUUGCAUCAAUCUUGCUCAAAGUGGAGGACGGAGGGUAGCAGAUAUUCUGAGGACUAGAAUUCUUGAUAACGCCAGCCGCAGCUUCACUGAUUGUUGUAUGGUCAAUAUUCUGCUGCCGCUGAACCAUCCCACGGCUGGCAGUGGAUCCCUUGUUCUAUACGGGGAUAGCGUUGUUACCAUCACAGAAUGGAUGCAACAGGCGAUGAUCAAGAACUGGAAGACAUUUAUGCCAGUCUUUCCCUUCCACGGUCAAUGGUGGGUUCGUCUUAGUGGACAAGUAUAUCUUGAUGAAAGUGACUUUGAGUGGGCCGGGUGGACUCUGAAGACACUUUGCGAGGAAAUUGAGAAGGAGAAAUUUGUGUAA